AAGACCAAAGAGAGAGAAGCUCAGCGUGGAGAAUUCAAGCAGAACACCAGAGGCAGCUUUCAUCCAAGUCCUGUGUUCUGGAGAGAGCAGUGGCAGGGAAAGGUGUGAAUCUGCCUGGUGUUUCUGCAUGGAGAGAAGGUCAGAAGUUGGCUAGAAGACUGCUGGGUCCACCCCCUCCACUUCCACAUUUGAGGAGCAGAACUGGAGAGCAGAGCACAGCAAAGACCUUUGAACCUUUGGAAGGAGGUCGAGGACUUGGAGCAAUGCCAGUGGUGGAAAACAGCUCCAGAGUGAAGGGAAAUGAAUCUGUGGGGAGGAGCCCUGGAGCCCAAAGCUCUGUGGUGGCUCCCAGCAAGGCUGGAAGGGGCAGCAAUGCACCCACAGAGGGUACAAACCAAGCCCUCAAGAAUCUUCUCUUGCAAAGGCAGUCCUGUGAGGAACACAGACAUAUCAGGCUCCCCAGAGAUGCUGUGAAACACCAACCCCAAGGGAUCCAUUCUCCUUCCCUUGGAAUUUCAUUAAGGAAAGAUGGAGCCAAGCCCAGCACCUCAGGAAGCUGCAGCAGAGGAAGAAAUAAAUCUCCUCAGAGACAGAAAGAGUCUGAGAAAGAAAACCUUAUGCAACCUUCAAAGAGGAGGGCAAACCUUAAAAAACCUCACCCCUACAGCCCUGAAAGUGUUCGGGAAUUUAUGUAUCGAAAAAAGGAAGAAAGAAAGAGAAAACUCCUCAAAGAGAAAAAGUCUUUGGCACAGGCUGCAGAGAUGAAGAAUAAGAGGUUGCAAGAAUUGUACAGGAGACAAAAAGAAGUUAUUGGGAAGAAAUUGUGUCCUGAUGAGAUGCACAAAUCCCUUGGGAAAACAGGUUCUGCCAAAAGAAACCCUCAGUGUGAGUUGGAGCAAGAGCAAACCAGUGGGGGAGUACUGGAAAGGAGUUUCAUGGCCUGGGUGGAUGAAACAUCCUUUCCUCUAUCACCAGAAGAUCACAGAGGCAGGUACUCAGACAUAAAAGGCAUCCUAGAAAGCCACUUUCUCAGCUCACACUGCAGACAUCUCUCUCGUUUUUUCUUUUUUAACAGGAAUCAACUCCUAGAAACAGCUCAAUCACCUGAAAAAGGAGAAGCAUCAGGUCCUCCAGCACCACUGGAAUCUGAACACUGGUUUCUCAGUCCUCUGAAACGUGAAGACUUGAGGGACUGCUCUCCCCCAGCUCUGCAUUCACCUCCUCUGAACUUUUCUGUUCCUCAGAAAGAUGCAAAACCUUCCUCCAAGUACCCACCUUUUGGUCUUUCUCCACAGAGAAGCAAACAGGAUCAAGUGAGAGCCAUCCACAGUCUGUCCAGGGAACUUGCAGAAAAGAUUGACGUGGCGAGGAAGAGGCUGAGUGCAGCCAGCUGGGCUAAAGCCUCUGCUGACAAACAAUCAACAGAGACAGCUCUGGACCUGCACAGUGAUCCUCCUUCUGCCCCAGAACCUGAGACUUCCAGGGAUAGGCAAGAGAGGACAAUGACUGCACAAAUGCCUCUGGACACCCCAGAUCCUGAAGUGCUUUGUGUGACAUCCACCAGGGAAUGCCGUGGACUGGGCAGGAUUGGCCUGCUGGGCAGCACUGAGGGAGCAGCAGCCCUGGGCACACAGAGGGAAAUGCCAACUCCUGUGCCUGGUGGGAAUGCUGAGAGGGAAGAAUUGCCCUGGAUCACUCAUAGUGCAGGACAGAGUCACCUCAGCCCUGCAGGAGAGCUGACCAACACCUUGAGAGUCCAUGAAUCCCAGGUGACUCCGGUCGGUGGAUCCCAGCUCCGGCUGGUGGAUCCCGAAUUGCUCCGGUCGGUGGAUCCCUGUCCGUCCGGUGGAUCCCGGGCCCGGUGGGUUCCCGGCCGCGCUGCCAUGACGCUCUCUCGCCACCGGAGGGCGCCGCAGCCGCGGGCGCGGAGCGGGACGGAGCGAGCCCCUGGGUAA